AUGGCGCCUAAAGAGCCCUUCAAGAUUCACUCGCUUAGCAAGCACGUCGAAGAUACUAAGAAGGGCCUCAGCGCCUCAGCACAGUACAAUCGGCGGCCUGUCUCCAAGCCAGCGGCAGCGAUCAUCAAGAAUGAGCCCGGUGUCGCCCUUUUCCCGAACAACAAUGACAGCGACGAAUCGAGCGAAAGCAGCGACAGUGAUAGUGACAGCGAUGAAGGUAACAGCGCCGAUUUUUUGAAGAAGAUCGGUGCCAAUGGCGCAAAAGCUUCGACAACUCCCAAACGGCGCAGCAGGGACGAAGAGAUCGCCGAUAGCGACGUCGAGCGCAACGCUUCUGCCAAACGCAACGCUGCUGCUAAGAAAGAGCAGAUUGUGAAGAAAGAGCAGUCUUCUUCUGAAUCUUCCAGCGAGUCAUCCAGCGAGUCCGAAUCGGAGCAAAGCGAGCCCAAGAAGACAAACGGAGCUGGCGCCAAACAAGCUGCGGCGGUCCAGGAAUCCUCAAGCAGCAGCUCCGAAGAAGAAAGCGAGGAGGAAGAAGAGUCUAGCGAUGAGGAGGAAGAAGCCCCCAAGCCUACCCCCAAGCCUAUCUCGAAGACACCGGCCGCACCUGCCGCUACAAAUGGCACCCCCAAGACACCAGCCAAGGUACCUGCCAAAGCUUCUACUUCGAGCAGUUCUAGCGAGGAGGAGUCAAGCGAAGAAGAAUCAAGCGAGGAUGAGGAAGAAGUGCCUGAACAGGCGGACGCUUCAAAGAAGCCUGCAGAGGAAUCUUCUUCCGACUCAGAGGAUAGUGAUGCUGAAGUCGACGAUUCCAUGCACAUUUCAGAUCGCGAGAUGAACAACCAAGUCGGAACGCCGAAUUUCAUCGCUCCCGAUUUCGCACUUCGCAAGGGAGACGACGGAGCCAAUGGCCAGGAUGUGGCUCGCAUCUGCAAUGAAGCAAAUUUGCAGGGCAAGCAGUUCUGGUACUUUACGGUUCCUUCCAACGUCCCCAUCUCUGUUAUCGAGAACAUAGAGAUCCCCAUGGACCGAUCGCAGAUUGGAAACCGAGUCUUUUCACAUGACGGCCAAGACUAUGGCGUCUCCUUCGACACGAUUGCGACCAAGAGCUCGAUCCAGAUUUUGAUUCCCUCAGCCAGCGAUUCCAAGUACCAACCAACCCGCAAACAAAUCGACCAGACCAUGCACAUCAAGAGAAUUGCCAAUCUCGGAGGUGCCGCUGCUUCUUCUGUCGGUCCCGCGCCUCGUCGCGCCCCUCGACCACAACCAAAGGGUCUCAGGGCUAGGUAUCAGCCAUUCGGCGUGAAUACCCCGAUGGGCAAUAUCGGAGCAGAUGCGCCUGGUGACGAAGAUGUUGACAUGGCCGAAGCACCUGCGGCAUUAGCCACUCCCAAAUCUACCAAGAAAGAGAAGAAGGGCAAGAAGGAAGAUGCCAAAAAGAAGAAGGACGCUGAUGUUGCUGCGGAGAGCAAUACUACGGAUGUGAAGUCUUCUAAGACCGAUCGCAAGGGCAAGAGAAAACACACCACCUCAGAAGAUGAUGCCAUCACUGCUGAGCAGCAACUCCGAGAUGAGAAUCAAUCUGCGGAGACCAAGAGCAAGAAGCAGAAGACGGCCAGGGUCAGCAGUCCUGAUCUCGGAGCAGAAUUGCCCUCAGCCGCCAAAAAGCAAACUCCUAUCGCACCACCAGCCAUCCCGUCGUCGGCAUUUUCGUCAUCGGCCACCGCUAUUGCCACUCCCUCCAAGGUCGUAGCAGUUACUCCUAGUACGGCCAAGAAGUCGACUAAGAAGACAAAGCCCGAGACUCCUGUGCCCGCACCGCGUCAAACAGCGGUUCCUCUGCCAAACAUUCCCCUGACUUCCCGACCAAAAGAAUCGCCGGUUCCUCUCCCGCCUUCUUCUGCACUCCUCGCUACACCUGUGCAGUCAAAGAGCAAGAAGAGCAAGAAGAGCAAAGAUGAGGUCAAUGCCACUGGUUCGUCACAGCAGAGCCCUCCACCAAGUGCUCAGGGAGGGGAUAAGAAAAAAUCCACGAUCAAAGCCAAGGGAUCGAGCUAG